AUGGCUGGAGAGAAAAUUUCAGGAUAGGGGAAACGCAAGUGUCAACCAAGAUGCCCAGAGCAUUAGUUCAAUCUCCAUCCGAAAAGUUUAAAGUGUUGGUUAAAGUAAUCAACUAACAUUGAUUUCUGUCCCUUGUACAACGAUGCUCUGGCCUGUUUCCAAAAUAUCGUUCCAGUCUUUAAUUAAGAUGAACAAUAAUGCUUGCCUGGUUUCAUUUUAGAAGUAGACAGAAAUGACUACUUGAGGAGCAUGCAAAAAUACAAGGAGGAUCAUCAAAGAAAGAUACAAGAAUACACUAUGAAGAAGACUAAGUUGUAAAUUCCGAAACCAGGUCGCAAGCAUAGGUAUUGUGGAGUGUGUCGUAAACCUUAUGCUGAUUACUUGGAACACAUAAAAUCUUCAGAUCACAUUAAUUGCUUUAACAGACAUGACUUUGUUCAUGUGAUUCUAAAAAUAAUUGACGAAGAUUAUAAAUCAAGAGACGAAAAUAAAAUUUAAAACGACUCCAGUACCUACACUCCAAAGGCAGUGAUGCCUAAAAAGAGAGGUCCCAAGCCCAAAGUCCAAGUGGAACAAGGAGAACCAAAAAAGAGAGGGAGGAAACCCCUUGAACCUCAGGCAGCAAAGCGAAUAAAAACCCAGCCACAAAUGAGAGAAGUAUUGAUGCCAGUGCGACAACAAUAACCCCCUCCACCUCCUCCUCCUCCUCAGACAUACUUCCCUCAGCCAUACUACUUUCAAUAUCAUCCUCUAAAUCAGAUGAUUCAAUAUGGAGCAUUGCAAAUACCCCCACAAUUUCGUGUUGGUUUCCCAUUCCAAAUGCCAGUCGUCGCUGAUAUGCAAAUGGAAAUGAAAUGUGAAGAUAUGAUUGUAGAUGGUAAAAUAGAAGAUCGUCCUCAAUUUGAUUGAAUAUUAUAAUAAUUAUUAUAUUAAACACCUAAAUAAAACCAUCC